UUCUCAUAUCAUACUAUCUCUUUUCUCUCCUCAAUUAUUUUCUUGUCAAAAAUGGUGCUAGCUGGCAAGCUUAUUACAGAACUUGGGAUCAAAACACCCGCUGACAAGUUCUUCAAACUGUUUGCAUCAGAACUUCACGAAGUGCAAAACAUUUGUGAAAGAAUUCAUCAUACCAAGCUGCAUGAAGGUGAAGAUUGGCAUCAUUCUGAUACGGUUAAACACUGGACUUAUGUCAUAGAUGGUGAGAUACACACAUGUAAUGAAAGUAUUGAAGAAGUUGAUGAUGAGAACAAAAAAAUCACUUACAAGCUAUUUGGUGGAGAUAUUGACAACUUUACUGUUUUUAAGCUCAUUCUUGAAGUGAUUAAUAAGGCUGAUGGCACUGCUGCUGUUAAAUGGACAAUUGAUUAUGUGAAAAUCAAUGAAGGUGUUGAUACUCCAAAUGGCUGGAUGGAUUACCUUAGCAAAAGCACUAGAGACAUUGAUGGCCAUCUUGUCAAGGGAGAAAGAGUUGCAUUAUAAGUCCAUUUAAGCAUGCAUGUGGAUAAACUUAGUAUUGCAUCUUUAUAAUUAUUGUGAUGUUUGUAAUGGCAUGCAUGUAGCAUAUAUAAGCAUGCAUCAUGUUUGCUUCUCUUGAUGCUUCAUUGCUUCCUUUGUAUGGAAUAAAUGUAUCGGUAAUGUCUUGAUGAUCGUGUAUUAUAUUAUUAUCAUUAUGCAAUGCAAAUUAAAUAAAUGGACAAUGUGCUUUGCAGUUUA